UCUAUUGGAAAAAUUAUUUAGAGCUAUUAAAGUUACCAUCUGUACUUAAAUAUGGUUUACUUUAUAGGUUUCGUCCUGUGUUUAAAUUGAAGCGAUAAGGAAUAUUAUGUUUGUGGACUUUUAUCAAGUCUGUUCCUUUUCACACUCCGUUUAUGGAGUAUGUCAACAAUUUUGUGUUCUUAAUCGACAUCACAAGCGUCUUGAACUCUCCCGCAAAAACUUGCCUUGAGACUAAAGCGUUGGGUGUUUGAAAACCUUUUAGAAAAGCAGAUGUUUGUUUACUUGGUUUUCUGAACAGACAAGAAGAAUUUUAGCAUUUUUGAAAACUUUCUUUGUGGACUGAAGAUGGAAAAGGAAAUCUAUGAAAGUUCGAAUGCAAUGUCUUCUCAUUCCCAAUCACAGGUGUUGGAAACGGAUCUAGUAAUGAAAGAAAAGGAGAAAAGAUUUUUGAAAGACAACACGACGAAGAAAUCGAAUAAAGUUGUUUUUCCAAAAAGAUCAAUGGAUGAACUUCAACAAGAAAAAAGUGGAAAUUCAAAAAAACUAAGUUCGCUAAAGGACCAUCUUAAGAAUGCAAUGAAAAACGACGAAACACAAAACAAUGUCAGAACUAUUGAGAAAAUUCGAAGAAAAAACGAACAGCUGUCAAAGUGUUUGAAGAAGAAGACGGUUCUUGUGGUCGCUUUGGAGGAAGAAAAUACCAUUCUACAGUUUAAUUUUGACACAAAAUUCCAUCAUUUAAUGCGAAGACUGAAUGAAAGCCGACUUGAAAAUAAUAAAGAAUUGAAUGAAGCCAGACGCGCAAUUGCAAACUGUGAAAUAAAACUUGAAGCAAGAGAUUGGCGCAUAGCCAUGUUAGAGAAUGAAGUUCAACUACUCUCUACAAAGCAAAGUGAAUUGGAAACAUCUUUUCAGCGUUAAAAAUGAUGAAUGUAUGGUUAUAGGAUCAAAAAUUGCUGCCAAACAAAAAACGUUUGAAUUUGAAGCAAACUAUGAUCAAAUGUAUACUAAACAAUGUAUACUAAAGAAAGAAUACCAAGAAAAGAAUGUUAUAGUGACUGAACUGGAAGCACAACUUGAGAAUUCUGAAAAACAAAAAGAAGCACUUUGGAAAGAAUUAUAUAAUGCCAAAGAAGCUUUAAGACAAAGUAAACACGAUUUUUUUGAGCUGCAAAAGAAUUAUUUUCAUCACUUAGUGAAUCAUGAGGUAUUUUUUCAAGAGGUGAUGAUGAAAGAUGAAGCCAUUGAACGACU